AUGGCAGGGCCCGGAGGAGGCCCACCAAGGAAGAGCCACACCAAAUCCCGCAAGGGCUGUCGGACGUGUAAGAAACGCCAUAUACGCUGCGACGAGAACUUCCCACAAUGUCGCAAUUGCACGAAACACAAUUGCAGAUGUGACUACAUGGACAUGCCAGCCGCUGGAGAAGAGCCUCUCAAAGGCUCGAAACCUCCAGACCUCCUCAUGUCUCCUGAGCUUCAGCAUCGUCUGGACAACUGGCGCAUUACUGGAGAGCCCCCGUUGCCAGAACUCCGCAUGCAUGACACGGUAUACUGGACUCGUUUCUCGACCAUCGAUUUGAGAUUGAUCCACCACAUGGUGACCCUGUCUUCAGAUAUGAAUAACAGAGGGUACAGCUCUUGUACGGCAUGGGGCUUGAAGAUGACUUCACUCAUCAAUGCUGCAUUGUCUCAUGAUUUUGUGAUGAGUGCAUUACUCGCCCUCUCCGCUUCGCACUUGGCUUGGCAAACAAAAAAUGUCGAUACGGAGAACCUUGCCUAUCACCAUCGAGGGGUAGCCUUGAAAGGUUUACAUGAGGCUAUUGGAGCCUUCUCGAGGGAUAACUCCGAGGCGAUACUGGCAGCCUCGAUGCUCCUGUCCUGGCAGGCCACGGAAUGGCGCAGUUGGGCUUCCCUUCAGCAAGGCGUCUCGACAGUGAUGAACGCAAUGCGACCGUGGGUGCAUGAGUCUGAAUUGGCUCGGUUUUUGGACCAUCAACGUUCGAUCGCACGAGCUAGAACUCCUGCGACACCAACCCUACCACAUGCGCAAUUAUCAAUUCCUCAUGAUGACCUUCGAAGGGUGGAGCAAAUCACUACAGCCCUUCACAACCUCCAAUUACGACUUCCCCCUAGUGAGGAACUUGCUGAGCACGCGAGACGCCUACUUGAUUAUCUCCAGGAGCUGCAAAGAGAUGUCCAAAUGCAAGCACCCGAACAAAAUUUCCCUCGGCUGCAGCCUCUGAGAGAUUUGAUCUUUUGGCUACCCUCGUCGAUACUAAGAACGGGAGAGUCUGACCUGGCAGCCUUGACCCUGCUAGCACACCUCUAUGCAAGUGCUCUAGCCGUGGAACCGCUAUUCCCAGAAAUUGGUGGAGCUUACCUUGGAAGCAUGUCUGUGCUACCUCUUGAACGUGUGCACGAGAUAUUGAUGGCGAGGAGAUCCACUCAGCCACAAGAUGCAAGUGUUCAGGUAGCUCUAUCACUGAUAGAUGUGCCGGUCCAGAUUAUGACGGCUUAUCGGUUGCGGCAGCGACAGAACAGUCAAAGUUCUCAAAGCCUGGACGCGUAUCGACAGUCACCUCAAGGAAGUCCGAACGGAUAUCUCAUCGCAGUCCAUGUAUUCCAAUUCUUCAAUGCAUGGAUCCAACAGCCUUCCGCUUCCGGGUUCGUACUUUCCCAACAUAUCGAGUCCCGGGGACGCGCGGAGAGAGUCUGCAAUGUCAUCGAUUGGCUCCCUGGGACGAGCGCACUCUAUGGGCGAGCGACCAAGUGCAGGGGCUAUGGGGCUGGUGUAUGGUUCACCGCCACAGCACCAGCACAAUUCAAGAAGUAG